GUCUACAAGUUUCAAAAAUGAGACGAACGAAGACGAAGAUUAGAAUGAUUACAUUAGAAGAAAAAGAGAAUGAUGACAUUCAAAUGCAGCUGAAGAUUGUAGCCUGAUUUUCAUACAAAAGAAUGUAUGCCCAAGAAAGACCUGCUGCCACACCGGCACCUCCUCAUUUUAUUGAAAACCGAGUCUUAUUGGAUUUUAACUCGUCAAUGUCUGUCGAUUCAGUGUCGCCAUCUGCGUGAUAACCGAAGUUGGUAAUUCCGAUUGAUUUAUUUUCAACAUUGUUUGCCAACUUCCGGUGACUGCUAGCUCAGUACUUAUUCCCUGGAAUUUUUCGUGCAACUUCCCCGUGAACUUCUGGUACAACGUCAGCCCCGGAGAAUGCAGUACGAAAACAUAACCACGAAUUUUACGUUUCAAGCAGUUAUAUUAGUGCUACAACACUUGUGGAUGGAUCCAGUUGUGUAUUAGACGAACAACUUGACAUUUCCGCUAUGGUUUCUUCAUUAACGAUACUUUAUCGCUGGUUGAUUAUUCCCAUAGUGAUGAUAAAUCUUGUUGCAGCAGAAAAUCUUACACUUCCCUUCAAGAAUAGAAUGAAAGAUGUGCAUUUGAAGUUUGCAGUAUUUCAAUCACCGCCUUUUAACUUGGUUACUUUUAAACCUGACGGAAACUGCACUCAUUCCGGCCCCACUGCAAUUCUUAUAGAUUGGCUUGCGGAAAAACUCAAAUUCACAUUUUCUUACAUGUGCCUCAACCAUGCGAUAAGCGAGAAAUAUGGGAACCCCAUCGGACAUUCUAUUAAUCUCACAUCAAACAAAGAAGUCGACGGAGUAGCAGUAGCUUUUGUACCCACCCUGGAUCGGAAAAAAAAUGUGGAUUUUACUUAUUUCGUUUGGUCGGAAUAUUUUGCAAUGGUAGUGCCUCAACCAGGGGAAGAGACUCGGAUUUUUGCCUUCAUUCGGCCAUUUCAGUCAACGGUGUGGUUGUUCAUCUUCAUAACUAUCGUUGUCAUGGUGACUUUGAUGACUCUUUUCUCGAGAAUUUAUUCGAAGUACAUCACUGUCAAUGUGCUGGCUACCAACAAAGGAUUGACAAUGUUUGGGCGUGCCAGUAAUUAUUCAAUGUACAUCUUCAACAUUAUGACAAAUCAAGGGGGUGCAAUUUCUGGUGAUCGCUUUUCGUUCAGACUUCUAAUUGGAGUGUUGCUGUUAGUCGCCAUGGUCUUGGUUAAUAGUUAUUCCAGCACCAUCGUUUCCUAUCUGACGGUCUCCAAACUGAAACCUCCCAUUAACACAUUCGAAGACCUCGCCGCUAGCGACGACGUCGACCUCCUUGUCAAAAUUGACACUUAUGUUGGACAUGAGAUAUUGGGAGCAAAUUCUGGCGUUCUCAAGACCCUAGCGGACAAGGCUCGGCAGAAUCCUGAUCGCCUCUCGACAGACCAAUUGAAAAUCGAUGCUAAACUAGGAACUGGCCGUUUCGCUUAUGCCUGGCUUCAAACGUACUGCAAGUACUUCGUCAUCAGUCAGUAUAGAAAAGACGGAACUUGCCGUUUUCGUAUGUCCGACCCUCUACCUUUCAAUUUAGGAUUCUGGUCACUUAUUCUACAAAAGGACAGCCAAUACAAGUCAGCAAUUGACAGCGCUUUGAUUGAGCCCUGGGAAACUGGAAUACUAUUGUUCUGGAUGAAAAACGCAAUUCCACGAGCGCCAAAGUGCUUCGCUAAAACAAAACCGAGAGCGAAUUCGGCGGGUCAAAUGGCCAUUAAAUCCCGAGACCUGGUGGCUCCUUUCCUCAUUUUAGGCAUUGGUUUGGGCCUUGCUACGUUUGCCUUUCUAAUGGAAUUAGUUAUUCACUUUAGACGUCGAUUUAAAUUUGUGAACAUGUUUUACAAUUAGUGCGCAAUUUAAAAGACUGACGAUCAAACGGAUGACGGUAGUGGAGCGCUAACUUACAUUUACGCUCUUUUCGUCUAUUAGUUUUGCCUUAUAUUCGGACUAUUUUAGUAUAAUUCAUAUUUAUUUAACAUACUUACGAUAAUAAGUCACAGCAUAAGAGCACAUAUUUCUAUUUUACGUUUCCCUUGGUAAGCAACAAAUUGGAGUAUGUUUGGAUUAUAUUUUAACCUUACUGGCCGUUUGUUAUUAUUCUCAGAUCUUCGUGUGGCUCAGUUGUAGCUGUAAUAUUCAGAGAAUGAAUACAGAUCAAGAAA